AUGGGGAAGGCAGAGAAUUACGAGAUGUACUCGGUGGAGCUGGGUCCUGGCCCUGGUGGGGACAUGGCAGCCAAGCUGAGCAAGAAGAAGGCAGGCGGUAAAGGAGGCAAGAGGAAGGAGAAGCUGGAGAACAUGAAGAAGGAGAUGGAGAUCAACGACCACCAGCUGUCAGUGGCGGAGCUGGAACAGAAAUACCAGACCAGUGCGACCAAGGGCCUGACUGCCGGCCUGGCCGCGGAUCUGCUGCUGCGGGAUGGGCCCAAUGCCCUGAGGCCGCCGCGUGGCACCCCUGAGUAUGUCAAGUUCGCCCGGCAGCUGGCAGGUGGCCUGCAGUGCCUCAUGUGGGUAGCUGCUGCCAUCUGCCUCAUUGCCUUUGGCAUCCAGGCCAGUGAGGGGGACCUCACCACCGACGACAAUCUGUACCUGGCACUGGCACUCAUCGCCGUGGUCGUAGUCACUGGCUGCUUUGGCUACUACCAGGAGUUCAAGAGCACCAACAUCAUUGCCAGCUUCAAGAACCUCGUGCCCCAGCAAGCAACUGUGAUCCGAGAUGGGGACAAGUUCCAGAUCAACGCAGACCAGCUGGUGGUGGGCGAUCUGGUGGAGAUGAAGGGCGGGGACCGUGUGCCAGCAGACAUCAGGAUCCUCCAGGCCCAGGGCUGCAAGGUGGACAACUCCUCGCUGACUGGGGAGUCUGAGCCGCAGACCCGCUCGCCCGAAUGUACCCACGAGAGCCCCUUGGAGACCCGCAACAUCGCCUUCUUCUCCACCAUGUGCCUUGAGGGCACAGCACAGGGGCUAGUGGUGAACACGGGGGACCGCACCAUCAUCGGGCGCAUUGCAUCACUGGCAUCGGGAGUGGAAAAUGAGAAGACCCCCAUCGCUAUUGAAAUCGAACAUUUUGUGGACAUCAUCGCAGGCCUGGCCAUCCUCUUUGGUGCCACGUUUUUUGUGGUGGCCAUGUGCAUUGGCUACACCUUCCUGCGGGCCAUGGUCUUCUUCAUGGCCAUCGUGGUAGCCUAUGUGCCCGAGGGGCUGCUGGCCACUGUCACGGUCUGCCUGUCCCUGACAGCCAAGCGACUGGCCAGCAAGAACUGUGUAGUCAAGAACCUGGAAGCAGUGGAGACACUGGGUUCCACAUCAGUGAUCUGCUCUGACAAGACAGGGACCCUCACUCAGAACCGCAUGACUGUGUCUCAUCUCUGGUUCGACAACCACAUCCACUCGGCUGACACUACAGAAGACCAGUCAGGGCAGACGUUUGACCAGUCCUCGGAGACGUGGCGAGCGCUAUGCCGCGUGCUCACCCUGUGCAACCGCGCUGCCUUCAAGUCGGGCCAGGACGCGGUGCCGGUGCCCAAGCGCAUCGUGAUCGGGGACGCAUCCGAGACUGCGCUGCUCAAGUUCUCGGAGCUGACCCUGGGCAACGCCAUGGGCUACCGCGAGCGCUUCCCCAAAGUCUGUGAGAUCCCCUUCAACUCCACCAACAAGUUCCAGCUGUCCAUCCACACACUGGAGGACCCGCGGGAUCCCCGCCACGUGCUGGUGAUGAAGGGCGCCCCCGAGCGCGUGUUGGAACGCUGUAGCUCCAUCCUCAUCAAGGGCCAGGAGCUGCCGCUGGAUGAGCAGUGGCGUGAGGCCUUCCAGACUGCCUACCUUAGCCUGGGAGGCCUGGGUGAACGCGUGCUUGGCUUCUGCCAGCUCUACCUGAGUGAGAAGGACUACCCGCCUGGCUACGCCUUUGACGUGGAGGCCAUGAACUUCCCAACUAGUGGCCUGUGCUUUGCGGGCCUUGUAUCCAUGAUCGAUCCACCCCGGGCCACCGUCCCUGAUGCUGUGCUCAAGUGCCGCACGGCAGGCAUCCGGGUGAUCAUGGUGACGGGUGACCACCCCAUCACAGCCAAGGCCAUUGCGGCCAGUGUGGGUAUCAUUUCAGAAGGCAGCGAGACAGUGGAGGACAUCGCUGCCCGCCUCCGCGUGCCUGUGGACCAAGUUAAUAAGAAGGAUGCCCGUGCCUGCGUCAUCAACGGCAUGCAGUUGAAGGACAUGGACCCGUCUGAGCUGGUGGAGGCACUGCGCACUCACCCGGAGAUGGUGUUUGCUCGCACCAGUCCCCAGCAGAAGCUGGUGAUUGUGGAGAGCUGCCAGCGACUGGGUGCAAUUGUGGCUGUGACAGGGGAUGGCGUGAACGACUCCCCAGCCCUGAAGAAGGCAGAUAUCGGCGUGGCCAUGGGCAUUGCUGGCUCGGAUGCUGCCAAAAAUGCAGCUGACAUGAUCCUGCUGGAUGACAACUUUGCCUCCAUUGUGACAGGCGUGGAGCAGGGCCGGCUGAUCUUUGAUAACCUGAAAAAGUCCAUUGCCUACACACUGACCAAGAACAUUCCGGAGCUGACGCCGUACCUCAUUUACAUUACUGUCAGCGUGCCCCUGCCCCUCGGCUGCAUCACUAUCCUGUUCAUUGAACUCUGCACUGACAUCUUCCCAUCUGUGUCCCUGGCAUAUGAGAAGGCAGAGAGUGACAUCAUGCAUCUGCGCCCGCGGAACCCAAAGCGUGACCGGUUGGUCAAUGAGCCCCUGGCUGCCUACUCCUACUUCCAGAUCGGUGCCAUCCAGUCAUUUGCUGGCUUCACUGACUACUUUACGGCCAUGGCCCAGGAGGGCUGGUUCCCGCUGCUGUGUGUGGGGCUGCGGCCAUACUGGGAGAACCACCACCUACAGGAUCUGCAGGACAGCUAUGGCCAGGAGUGGACGUUCGGGCAGCGCCUGUACCAGCAGUACACCUGCUACACCGUGUUCUUCAUCAGCAUCGAGAUGUGCCAGAUCGCUGACGUCCUCAUCCGCAAGACACGCCGCCUCUCUGCCUUCCAGCAGGGCUUCUUCAGGAACAGGAUCCUGGUGAUUGCCAUCGUGUUCCAGGUCUGCAUCGGCUGCUUCCUGUGCUACUGCCCCGGAAUGCCCAACAUCUUCAACUUCAUGCCCAUUCGGUACCAGUGGUGGCUGGUCCCCAUGCCCUUUGGCCUCCUCAUCUUCGUCUAUGAUGAGCUCCGGAAACUUGGAGUUCGCUGUUGUCCAGGGAGCUGGUGGGACCAGGAGCUCUACUAUUAGAGAGACUGCCGCCUCCAAGCCAUCCUUGCAUCCACCACAGCAGAGGUGGGAGGCACGGGACCCUCUGGGCACCCACCAGAACAUCUAAGCAGUCAAGAGCCCUAGCACCACCUGUGUCUGCCCCUGGAGCCCAUGGCACCCCAACCUUGGCGGACGUCCCCACUCCCCUUUCCCAUCCACAGAGAGCUCCCCCCUGCAGUGGGGCAGUCCCUGGGCCCAGUCCUCUGAGGGGGCGGGGGGGGGCGGCUUCAGCAGGGAGUGGGAGGUAGUGGCUUCUGUGAGGUUGGUCCGGCCUUAGCGCCCAGGCUGGCAAGACGACUUCAAACACACUUGUGCUGCGUGAUAGUAAUAAACCAGCUCACGUCGAUGAUGCUUUUAUUUUG